UUUUCGGAGAUUUGUGGAGGAGGAGAGCACCUGAGGGAGAUCGGAGGGGUUUCUUAGGUACCAACUGGGGUUUUUAUUCUUUUCGCUUCCUUUUCUUUUCAUUUUAUUCUCUUUUUCGGAGAUCUGUAGAGGAGGAGAGCACCUGAGGGAGAUCGGAGGGGUUUCUUAGGUUCCAACUGGGGUUUUCUCUCGAGCGUAUGAGAUUUUGUGCGAGUUGUGCGGCGUGAGUUGGUCCCUUGAGGUUUUGAGAGCUUAAUCGUGGUAGAAGCAUGAUAUUUUGUGGGUUUUGGGGAUUUUUGAUUGAAAUGAUUCUUCUUCGGCUAUAAAAUUUUUAAUUUUUAGAGUUCUGUUGUUCUCAUGAUAAUGAUACCAAAUCCAUGGUUCUGAACUAUAAUGUGGAUGCAUGAACAAGGCCUUUCUCACCCUAUUCAACUCCAAGGGCCAAAUGCGUGUCAUGGUAGUUUGACAGAAUGAGAGAGACAAAGACUCAAGGCUCAUGGUUUCGGAUGGGGGUUCGGGUAGUAAGAUUUUAAACGGGUUCAGAUAUGGAGAGGGCAAAUUUUGCGAGUACCUGACCCAUUCCUUUUGCGGUGGAUCUCUUGGCUGCUCUCCCAUAUCCGGCGGCCACAAGCCUUUUCCCUAUAUCAAAACAUGGUAUUUUUUGAGGUCGAAAUGCAAUGGAAUGUUUUGAUUUCUCCCACUGAGCUGGAUGCAAAAGGGCUUCUGCUCCAGAAAGCGAUUAUUGUACGCCUUAUGGAGGAAUUUGCAAGCAGAAAGGCAUCCAAGGAGCAUGGCUAUUAUGUUGCAGUGACUUCCCUGAACUCAAUUGGUGAAGGGAAGGUCCGAGGUCUCACAGGUGAUGUUCUUUUCCCUGUGACAUUCAGCUGCCUCACCCAGAAACCCGCCAAGGGUGAGAUCUUACAAGGUUCGGUGGAGAAAAUUCUGAAACACGGCAUCUUUCUGAAAUCUGGACCGAUGGAAAGUAUAUUUCUGCCGGAGAAGAUGAUGAAGGACUACCAUUAUGUUGCUGGGGAGAACCCAGUGUUUCUCAAUGAUAAGCACUCGAAGCUGGAGAAGGACACCAUUGUGCGGUUCAAGGUUCUUGGCUUCAAAUGGCUGGAAUAUGAUAGGCAAUUUCAGUUGCUAGCAACUUUAGCAGGUGAUUUCCUUGGACCUAUAUGAUUAGUUGGCAUUAAUGGUCCUGUUUAUGAUAGCUUAGGGUCUUUAUGUUAGACAGAAGCUGGCAGUUAUGUGAUAAGAUGCUGUAUGUUUUGAUGAACUUAGCCUACUUGUAAAUUUAUGGGUUGAUAUCUGGACUUGACUGCACUGGCAAUACAUUUCAGUUCUUGGCAGUUCAUUUUUGGUGUCAGCUUGCAUUUGCUUGUAAAUUUAUACAAUGCUGUGCUGCAAAUUAAUCUGGCUUAACUGUUCGACCAUAUGAAUGGUAUCUCCAUUGAACAGUUGCAACCAUUCUA